AUGUCGAAGCCUUUUGAUCCCGAGCAGGCCGAGAACCUGGAGGAUAUGGAGAAGCAGUUCGCAGUGAAAGCUGUCGAGCACCUCAUGACAUACUGGUCUAUUCUCGAGAAGGUCAAGGGCUCCCAGCUACGCCUGACUAAGAUGGACGACGCGAUCUAUGUGCAUUUCAUGAAGGAGUUCCCCGACUUCAACCCCGCCUCUACUCUUAUCGAAGACGACAUGAAGAGCAGGGCCGGCAAGGAGAGGUGGCGCAACUUCAUCAACCAGUACGAGAAGACUAUCGAGGACUACAACUUCGGCACUAUCAUCCGCAGCCGCGCAGAUGAGGAAUACGAGCAACACAACACCAUUUUCGGUGAGCAGAACUUGAAGCGUCGCAAUUUGAAAGGAAUCACGCAAGAACUGACAGGAUCAACAGGUGUGCGCAUGCAGUUCUAUGCUGUUGAGAUCGCUCGCAACCGUGCCGGUCUGAACGACUGGAUCUAUGAGAAGGCUCAGAAGGAGAAGGCCAGCUCCUAA